AUGGCUGUACAGUCCAAACUGCUGCCGCCCGACCGCUCCGUGAAGCAGAUCCUCUCCAGCCUCACCUCGGUCUACCUACGACAUCGAACUGGCAUCUCCCGCACCGUCUACCUCGCUCUAUUUGCCGCGCUUGCGAAACGAAUUCAUAAUGCUAUCUCGGAACAGAAGGCUGCGACACAGCAUGUCGAACUCCGCCGCCGGCCCGGCACCAGCUCACUGGGGGAUGCAGAACAACCCCGAAAGAAGCGGGUAGAGAUCAAUCGGGAGUUUUUCAAGAGCCUGCUUCGUCUUCUGAAAAUCGUGAUUCCGGGAUGGCGAAGCAAAGAGCUGCGACUGCUUGUCAGCCAUAGCGUCUUCCUUGUGCUGCGCACUCUCCUGAGUUUGUAUGUCGCCGAGUUGGACGGGCGGCUCGUGAGCAGUCUCGUGCGGGGAAAGGGGAAGGACUUUUUGCUCGGCCUGGUGUGGUGGAUGAUUGUCGCUGUGCCUGCCACAUUUACAAACUCAAUGCUUUCCUACCAUCAAUGCAAGCUUUCCCUGAGCUACCGGAAACGACUGACCGAUUACAUCCACGACAAGUAUCUGUCCAACAUGACCUUCUACGCCAUCUCUGCACUAGAUGAUCGGGUGAAGAACCCCGACCAACUCGUGACGGUGGACGUGUCGCGCUUUUCUGACAGCUUAGCGGAACUGUACUCGAACCUCGCCAAACCGAUCCUUGAUAUGUGCAUCUACAAUUACACCCUAUCCAAAAACGUUGGCGGAGAGGGGUUAUUCAUCAUGAGUCUGCUCGUGCAGCUCUCGGCCAACGUAAUGCGCAUGUUGACCCCGCCCUUUGGCAAAUAUGUCGCCGACGAAGCUCGCCUCGAGGGCGAUGAAGAGAUCGCCCUCUACCACGGCCAUGAAGCGGAGAAAGACACUCUCGACAAGGGUUACUUCACCUUGAUCAAACACGUCAAUCGUAUCCUCCGACGGCGUCUGUAUCAUGGAUUCAUGGAAGAUUUCGUGAUCAAGUAUUUCUGGGGGGCACUCGGCCUAGGUCUCUGCAGUAUUCCCGUCUUUUUCAAGAUUCCGGGACAGGUGACGCAGACUAUGGGAGAUCGGACAGAGAGCUUCGUGACGAAUCGCCGGAUGCUUUUGUCCUCAUCGGAUGCGUUCGGUCGACUCAUGUUCUCUUACAAGGAGAUUUCCGAGCUCGCCGGAUAUACCUCGCGGGUCUCGUCGUUGCUGGAAGUCAUGGAUGAUUUGACUGCCGGGCAUUUCGAAAAGAAGCUGGUCUCAUCGGCAUCGACUGAAGAGAAUGCCGCGGUGCUGUCUGGCCGUGGAGUGGUGAUGGAGAGUGAGUCGAUCGAAUUCACCGAGGUGCCCAUCGUCUCGCCCAACGGGGAUGUUUUGGUUCGGAAGCUGUCCUUCACCGUCCACCCCGGUGAUCACCUGUUGAUUGUCGGGCCCAACGGGUGUGGAAAGUCCUCUCUUUUCCGCAUCCUGGGUGGGUUGUGGCCCGUGUACGGGGGCACGGUGAAGAAGCCUCGUUUUGAGGACAUCUUCUACAUCCCCCAGCGGCCAUACUUGUCGCGCGGAACCUUGCGACAGCAAGUGAUCUAUCCCGAUGGGGUGCGUGAGAUGCGCGCCAAGGGUAUCACGGAUGCCGACCUGUAUGAUAUUCUAUCUGUGGUCGAGAUUGCCUCAGUAGUAGAUCGCCCGGGAGGCUGGGAUGCGGAGGAGGAAUGGCGCGAUGUUCUGUCGGGAGGUCUGCAGCAGCGCAUCGCCAUGGCGCGACUCUUCUACCAUCGACCCAAGUUUGCCAUUCUGGACGAAUGUACCUCGUCGGUGACGCUCGAGAUUGAAAAGGUCAUGUACGAAACAGCGAAGAAGCUGGGUACGACGCUGAUGACGGUCUCGCACCGCCGCAGUUUGUGGAAGUACCACCAGAAGAUCCUGCAGUUUGACGGUCAAGGCGGCUAUGUCUUUACCGGGCUGGACUGGGAGCGACGAUUGAAGCUGGAAGAUGAGAAGGACGAACUGGAACUACAAUUGCGAGCAGUGCCGGAACUUGAACGACGAGUGGCCGAGUUGACGGCCACCUAG